AUGAAGACACUUAUCUUUCCUGCCCUUCUAGGGGCUGCUGUUGGAUUUCCCGGUAAUGAUGAUGACAAGAUUUUUGGAGGUUAUACUUGUGCAGCUAACUCUGUCCCCUACCAAGUGUCUCUGAACGCUGGUUACCAUUUCUGUGGUGGUUCUCUCAUCAAUUCACAGUGGGUGGUGUCAGCUGCUCAUUGUUACAAACCAUAAAGUGAUCGUUUUUGUCCAUCUAGUCAAAUCCAGGUGAGGCUGGGAGAGCACAACAAUGAUAUUCUGGAAGGUAAUGAGCAGUUCAUUGAUUCAGCGAAGGUGAUCCGCCAUCCUAAUUACAAUUCUAACACCAUCGACAAUGACAUCAUGCUGAUUAAACUGAAAACGCCUGCCACCCUAAACUCCAGAGUGUCUUCCAUCACCCUGCCCACCUCCUGUGCUGCCACUGGCACUUCAUGUCUCAUCUCUGGCUGGGGAAACACCUUGAGUUCUGGCUCCAACUACCCAGAUCUGCUUCAGUGUCUGAAAGCCCCCGUGCUUUCUGACAGCUCCUGCCGAAAUGCCUAUCCUGGACAGAUCACCAACAACAUGAUCUGCUUGGGCUAUUUGGAGGGUGGAAAGGAUUCCUGCCAGGAGGACUCUGGUGGCCCUGUGGUCUGCGAUGGAGAACUCCAAGGCAUUGUCUCCUGGGGUUAUGGCUGUGCCCAGAAAGGAAAACCUGGGGUCUACACCAAGGUCUGCAACUACGUGGACUGGAUUAAGACAACCAUUGCAAACAACUAAGCUGCUUCCUCCAUGGUUGCUUCUCUCUGCCUAAUUCUCUUGUAAUUCCAAAAGAUAUAGGGCACUUCAUCUACUAACCUCAAGUGUAGAAACCGGAUCUAAAUAAAGAAUUU